AUGAAGAGACAAAUAACAUUUUACAGUUGCUUACUUUUCUUCUUUCUACGGCAACCUCAAGAAGUGAUCAGUUUCACUUUCUUGGGAGAUCAUUUGUGCCAUCAUGAUGAUGCUCUUGCACUGCUUCAAUUCAAGGAAACGUUUAGCAUAAAUGCAUCAACUUAUGUUUCUGCUUAUUGUGAUAAGUGGGGUCAGAAUUCUUACCCAAAGACGACACAUUGGAAACCAGAUGCAGAUUGUUGCAAUUGGGACGGAGUCACAUGCCACAACAUCACUGGUCGCGUUAUUGGGCUCGAUCUGAGUUGCAGCCACCUUCAGGGUCUCAUCCUUCCAAACAGUACCCUUUUCCAUCUUUCCCAUCUCCGCCGCCUCAACCUUGCUUUUAAUGACUUCAUUGGUUCACGGAUUUCACAUCGAUUUGGUUGGAUGACAAGUCUGGCCCACCUCAAUCUCUCAAGUUCAUCUUUCGAUGGUAAAGUUGCUUCGGAAAUAUCAUACCUAUCUAAUCUAAUUUCAUUUGAUCUCCCUUCCCUUUUUCCAUGUGAUUCUAUGGGUUGUUGGGUUCUAAGAUAUGAACCUAACAGUUUUGAAGCAAUGCUUCAGAACUUAACCCAAUUAAAAGAGCUGUCGCUUUCGUGGAUGAGCAUCCCAUUCGAGUUAAGAACGAAUUUUUCUUCAUCUUUGACAUAUCUAAGUCUCACGGGUACUGGAAUAAGAGGUAAUCUAUUAAGUAAUGUUUUCCAUCUGCCAAAUAUGCGAGUUCUCUUGUUAGGUGACAAUGAGAAUCUUACUGUUAGUUUACCGAAAUUGAACUGCAGCAUUUUUGAUUCUCUGAGGCAGUUGGACCUAUCGAGCACAAGUUUCUCUGCUGCAUUGCCAGAUUUAAAGGGGUGUGCAGUGUCCUUAAAUUCUUUGAAUCUAGGAUCCUGUCAAAUUUCUGGUGUCAUUCCUGAAUCAAUUGGCAACCUUACACAACUUACUGAAUUGCAUCUGGGUGACAAUUUGUUGGCUGGGGAAAUUCCAAACUCACUUCGCAACCUUAGGCAUCUUGAGAGUUUAGACCUCUCUAGUAAUCUACUGAUGGAGGAAAUCAAAGAUUUUAAAAGUAGGUCACUAUCAAUGAUUUUGUUGAAUAACAAUCAACUAAGCGGUUCAAUUCCUCCAUCAAUUUUUACUCUUCCGAACCUAUCUUUCCUUGACCUUUCAGCAAACCAUUUUAUUGGGGUUGAGCAAGACUUGCUUGUGGACUUCAAUAAGCUUCAAAACAAUGCUUUUAACGGUGAAGCAGCAUGGAACACUACCAACAAUAUGAACAUUCCCUAUCCAAAUUUGGUAUCCUUGGGCUUGUCUUCUUGCCAAAUUAAGGAAUUUCCAGAGUUUCUGAGAAAUUCGGAGAGCUUAUCUUAUCUAGAUCUCUCAUCCAAUAUGAUUCAUGGCGAAAUCCCAGGCUGGUUCUUGUCCAAGACAUGGGAUAUUCUGGUCUACUUGAACCUUUCACAUAACUUCUUAAUUGGCAUUAUAGACCAACUACUCGUAACUCCCUCUAUCGCGUAUCUAGACAUGAGUUCCAACUCACUUCGGGGUCAAAUACCUUCUUCUAUCUGUGAAUCAAGUCUUCUUACUAUUCUUGAUUUGUCAAAUAACAAUUUGUCUUGUCCAAUUCCUCAAUGCUUGGGAAACUCCAGCCAGUAUCUAGAAAUUAUGGAUUUGGGAAAUAAUAGGCUUUUUGGCACCAUUCCCACAACAUUUUCAAAAGGAAACUCUUUGCGGUUCCUUGUGUUGAAUGACAAUCAAUUGCAAGGGCCAUUGCCACGAUCUUUAGCUCAUUGUGAAGGUCUGGAACUCCUUGAUAUAGGGAACAAUGAGAUAGAUGAUAAAUUUCCAAUUUGGUUGGAAACUCUUUCUAAUCUGGAGGUCCUAAUAUUGAGAUCUAAUCGAUUUCACGGAGCAAUUGGCAAUUGCCAAACUAAAAGUCCAUUUCCUCAGCUGAGAAUUAUUGAUGCAUCCCACAACGAGCUCACUGGUGCUCUACCUGAAGAAAUUCUCAGCAACUUCAAAGCUAUGAAAAGUUCAAAUAAUGAUUAUUACAUCCAUUCUGUGAGUUUGGUUAUCAAAGGGGUGGAGUAUAGUCUUGAAAGAGUCCUAAUAACUCGAACAGCAAUUGACUUCUCAAGCUACAGAUUCGAAGGACAAAUUCCAGAGAUUAUCGGAUCCCUUCAUUCUCCUCAAACACUCACUCUCUCUCAUAACAACUUCAGUGGCCCAAUUCCCAAGGCAUUAGGGAAUUUGCGCAUGCUUGAAUCUCUGGACCUCUCUUGGAACCGACUUGAAGGAACCAUUCCUAUGGAGCUAGUGAAUUUGGAUUUUCUUGAAUUCUUAAACCUUUCGGAAAAUCGUCUAGUUGGACCCAUUGCACGAGGAAGGCACUUUGAUACAUUUGGAGAUGAUUCAUACAGACGGAAUUUGGACUUGUGUGGAUUUCCGCUGGCUAAAGAUUGUGGAGAUACAGAGGCACCACCACCAGCCAUGCCAUGGGUAGCUGAAGAACAAUAUGAUGAUUCUGAAUUCUUUGAUGGGUUCACUUGGAAAGCUGUUCUCCUGGGAUAUGGCUGUGGAUUGGUGCUCGGAUUAGUUAUGGGAGGUCUCAUAUUCUCAACUGGAAAACCAAGAUGGUUUGUACUGAUUGUCGAAGAGUCGUUCAAACUGCGAAGGCGACCGAGGAAAUGGAUCCACAUAGGCACUUAA